AUUCCGAAAUUGAGCUCGCAGCUCACCGAAAGACAAAGGCGACGCGUGGCUGUAUAUAAACUAGGUGCACUGUCAGUUAAGAUAAGUUGAGACAACAGUUCAACACCACAACCCAAGCCGCUAUCAACAUUUACCAUGAAGUCGAUCGUGUGCCUGACCUUGCUUGUCGUUGUAAUGACUGUGGCAAUAGCUCAGCCUGUGGUCAAGAAGCUGCCCAUUGAGCUAAAGGAAGAUACGAUUGCACAGGAGGCCCAGGAGGAGCUGGGAACAACUCCACCACCUGUCGCAAAAGCUCUGCAAGCUGUGGAGCUAAAGGAUGUGAUCGCUACAGCUGCUGUGGAGGAGGUGCAAAAUACCACACCUGUUGCUCAUCAACGUCAAAAGCGUGCCACUUGCGAUCUGCUCAGCUUCUGGAAUGUGAAGAAUACAGCCUGCGCUGCUCACUGUCUGGCCAAGCGCUUCAAGGGCGGCUAUUGCAAUAGCAAAUCCGUUUGCGUUUGUCGUCAUUGAAAAUAUC